ACGCCACGCGAAGAAGACCAACACGUGUUUCCGGUUUUGCUCCACGUGAUUCCGGUGUGGGGAAAAAGACUCGAGUGUUCGUAACCUGAAGUCUCAAGAUGGUCCGAAAGCUGAAGUAUCACGAGCAGAAGCUGCUGAAGAAGGUGGACUUCAUCAACUGGGAGGUGGACAACAACCUGCACGAGGUCAAAGUGUUGCGGAGGUUUCGCAUCGAGAAGAGGGAGGAUUACACCAAGUACAACAAACUAAGUCGUAACAUCAGAGAUUUGGCUCAGAAAAUCCGAGACCUGGACGAAAAAGACGGCUUCAGAGCUCAGAGUACACACCAUCUUCUGGAGAAACUGUACGGCAUCGGCCUCAUCCCCACUAAACAGAACCUGUCCCUCACAGAGAAAAUCACAGCUUCCUCGUUCUGCAGGAGGCGGCUGCCCAACAUCAUGCUCAACCUCCGCAUGGCAGAAAACCUGAAAACAGCCAUAACCUUCAUCCAACAAGGACAUGUGCGAGUGGGACCGGACAUCAUCACCGACCCGGCCUUUCUCGUCACCAGGAAUAUGGAAGACUUCGUCACCUGGGUCGACUCCUCCAAGAUCAAGAAACACGUCAUGAAUUAUAACGAGGAGAGAGACGACUUUGAUUUGAUGGCGUGAGGCGGGUUCCCACGUCGCUGGAAGAGAGAGAGACGACUGUUCAGCCUGAGGAGGAGAGGAGGAAUCUGACUGGCUUGAAGACGGAGCUCUUCUCUUAGCUUCACGCUGUUUGACAGACGCUGGGAAGAUUUAAACAUUUGAAGCCGACUCUUAUCUGUGAUGGAGCAAAAAGCUUCUUUUCUUUUUUUUUAAAAGGAUCACCUUAGAUGUUUACACAGAUGACAGUUGAUUUUAUUUAACAGUAUGUACAGGAACAGAAAAAAAAAGUCUUUAUUUUGUCUUUUUCAGUUUGGAAUCCUCAGAUCUCUGACGGCAUUUCUGUGCGUCUUGUUAAAAAUCACACAGGCUACCUACCUUUAUUUUUCACCCCCUCAAAAAACUAUUCCUCCUUUUUUAAUUUAUUUUCAGCCUCAUCAGAGCUACGAGCGAAUCCACUGCAGUUCAGGAUACUGCUGCUGCUGCCGUCUUCAUGUCAGGGAUCGUUUCCUCUGUGGAUCCGUUACUUUGGUCUGUCUCUUUACUUCCUGAUCCCUCCUCUGAAUUAAAACUGCAGCAGUUAUCUGAGGUCGUGUGACUUUUAAAAAAAAAAAAAAAACCCACCAGCUGUUUUCUCUCGCUGUAUAGAUGUUAUAUAAACUGUUUCAACACGUCUUGAAUUUG